AUUGUCCAAGGAUAUUAGAUUGACGAAAGUUGCAUAAUAAUUGGCUUUUAUAUUGCAAGGAAACAACUAUUGCAAAUGGUUCAACAUGAGAAAUCUAAGAGAACCGCAAUUCUGAAAUUCAUGAGAAGAUGAACUGUGUCCGUUGCCGAAGUUGUGGAGGUAUAGCGGAUGAUGGACCUGAAACUUAUGGAGAAGAGGAUGGAGGUAGUUCAGUAAAUGAAAAUUGUCAAUCUGAUCAGGAGGAUAUAGGGGGCUUUGCAGGGAUUACUGGGUGCUUGCACAAGUUAAAAAGCUCAGAGAGACAGAUAGGAACCCCUCUUGAAGAGGAUUUAGGUAGUUGGGGUCAUCACUUUAAUCCGACAUCUGUUCCAGAUGCAAUUUUACAAGCUUCAGCUGGAAAUGAGGUCACUUUCGUUUUUACGAAUCAAGUUAGUGGAAAGCUUGUGCCUGUUGAACCAGUAGUCCCAAGGACAGGCAGAAUGGAUGAAAAUAAAAACCAAUGCCAGUCCAAAGAAAAUCUGUUCCCAAAAUCUCUAUCAAUAUCACGUCAACCACACGCACGCCCAUGGAGAUCUUCCAAUGGUGAUACAACAAAGAACAACUUAUCCGCUUCUCUAAAACCUUCACAUGGAAAAUAUAUCAAACCGGUUACACCACAUUUAGAAGGUACAAAGCAUGUAAAUUUGAAACCUAAACUCUCCUUGAGGAAGCAAUUACCUCAAAAAAGGCAUUCCCCAGAUUAUAUAGAUGAUGAUGAUGAUUUUCAGUAAAACUUUUUAGUUGGUACACAGCAUUAUCUUACCA